AUGAGGAGCCGGGCGGCGCCAAAGACCCGGCGCUGCCUGCCUGCGUGCCCGCCGCCCGCCUACCCGCACCCUCCCGCCGGCGCCCGGCUACUCGCACUCACACGGGCGGCCUCGGCGGCACCACGGCAAAAACAUCACAGGAGGUCUAGGGGAGGGCUUCGUCGCGCUCUAUCCGGGGGAGGCGGGACUUCGGCGGAGCGACAGCGCCGCGGGCCAACGGGAGGCGGCGGGGGCUUCAGGCCGGCCGCGGCGUGGCGGGGUGUUUCCUGCGCUGGGGUCGGGUGCGUGGGGAGGGAGGCGGGGCCGGCGCUGACGGGAGGGGUUCGAGCGGCGGGGCGGCGCCCAAUCGGCGCCUCACACACACGGCUACGGGAGGCGGGGGCGGGGCGCUGCGGGUACUCGGCGGCGCGAGUCAAACGGAAGGCGGGGGCUCGGGGAGACGGGCAGGGCCCUCGCCCAAUGAGCGGCCGCGUCCUCAGGCCGAGGGGAGAGGGCGGUCGCGCUGCUUUCCCCGGCUCCUGUUUAAAAGGUGCCCGCCCCCCUGCGAGGCUGGUGGUGGUUCUGAUUGGUCAGCGGGCAAUUGUAAAGGGAAAUCAAGAUCCCCUCUUUGUGUCUCUUGAUCUUCACUGGACUAGAAGAACCUGUCAUUCGGAAAUCUGGAGACUGUAAAUCAAUGGAAGGCUGAAUUUCCAGGUCUUGACUUUGCUUCAAUGGCAAUUUUUUCCAAUCCAGGAAGAAUAGGAAUGCACAGAAGAAACUCCGCUAAGCAUGACACAACUGUGAGCUGGUGCUACACUGCAAAGUGAUACAAUAUACUGCUGAAGCCAUUGUCAGAAUUUCAGUCUGAAAUUUUGAGAUAAAAGGACAAGUGCAAAGAGAACUACCUGACAAGUCUGAAAGUGAGAAACGACUUCCCAUGGCGACAGGCAGCGCGGUGAGGCGGCCGGGGGUGCGGGAUGCCCCGGUCAGCGGGCAGCGCUGCCCCGCCAUACCGACAGCAGCGUUACCAGAAGCAGAGAUCACCAAAUGAAGCACAGCUGCCACAACGGAGCCAUUUCAGCCUUGCCAUGCUCUGCGCUACUCUGCGCUUGAACCACAUUCGGUUCUUCGCAACAGU